GCGGAGACGGCGCGUGCUAGCUCUGCAAGGAGCAUUCGGCUCCCGUACCUCAUCACACCUCUUCGCGGCUGGUUCUGCAACACUGGCUCAAUCACCCGCCUCUUCUCCUCCAACCACCACCAGCUUGCGCGCGCCCUCCGUGUUGCGUUCCCGGAGGACGCUCUGACUUUCGCGAGCCAUGUCUGCGGCCUUUCAGACUCUCCUCGCAGCCUUCCUCGCAGUUCUUCUCGCGAUCGGCGCUGCCAGUGCACGGAAACUUCGGCAUCGCAUUCUCAGCGCCCGGAGUCGGAACUCUGCGCUGUGGAUGCUCCCGGGUCCCCCGAGCGCCAGCUGGCUCUUUGGCAACCUCAAGCAGCUCAACGAGACCCAGGAGGACAGGAUACUCGACCAGUGGGCAGAGGAGUAUGGCCCCGUCGUUCGUAUCAGCGGCUUUCUCAAUAGCCCGAUUGUGUUUCCCACCGAUACGCGGGCAAUCAAUCAUGUCCUGAUGCACUGUGCAGAGUAUCCGAAGCCCCAUUCCUCCCGACGCGAGUUGGAGAAGGCUCUUGGUCCAGGUUUAUUAUGUAGCGAAGGUGAUCAGUACAGGAGACAGAGGAAGGUCAUGAAUCCUGCGUUCGGUCCGACACAAGUACGCGAGUAUGCGGGACUAUUUAUUGAUAAAGCCAUUGAACUCCGCAACCUAUGGGCGGAACAAGAUACCGUCACCACACAACCUACACGUCUCAACGUACUCAAGGGCCUCAACAUGAUGACACUGGAUGUCAUGGGCAUCGCGGGUUUUGGCCACGACUUCGAGAUCAUGAGCUCACAUCGAAAUGCAAAUGCAAAUGAGCUCACAGAAGCAUGCGAUGCGGUCUUCAACCUGCCCAAUCGUACCCCCGUGCUACUAUUCUUCAAUCGUCUGAUUCCGAUAUUCGGCCUCUACCUGGAUGAGACGCUGCGGCGCGUCUCGCACUCUAAGAGUGUGAUUCGACGACUUGGUGCACAAUUGAUCAAAGCCAAGAAGGCCGACCUACAGCGCGAAGCGACCAAGGACGCGGAGAGCGGCGGACAGGGGCGGCGUUCGCCCCAGGGACGGGAUAUGCUCAGCCUCCUCGUUAAGGCGAAUGUCGCCGCAGAUCUCCCAAACAACCCGCGGCUGUCUGACGAAGACGUUCUGUCCCAAUUCCCGACGUUCCUGCUCACCGGCCACGAGACGACAAGCAGUGCCACGGCUUGGUGUCUGUACGCCCUGUCGCAAACACCAGACGUGCAACAUAAGCUCCGGAGCGAGCUGCUGUCCGUCGAGACGGACAGGCCGACGAUGGACGAGCUUGCGGCGCUGCCGUACCUCGACAUGGUCGUGCGCGAGACGCUCCGCUUGCACGCCCCCGUGGCGUCGACGAUGCGCGUCGCCACCAGGGACGAUGUCAUCCCCCUCAAUAAGCCGUUCAUAGGUCAGGAUGGCGUGGAGUACCAUUCUAUCGCAGUUUCCGCAGGCUGCCCUAUAAUCAUUCCGAUUCUGACGUUACAUCGUUCGAAAGCGAUAUGGGGCGAAGAUGCGUACGAGUUUAAGCCCGAACGCUGGCAAGACCCCCCAGCAGCGAUAUCGAGCCUCCCAGGCGUAUGGGGCCACCUCAUGACGUUCGGCGGCGGCCCUCGAGCGUGCAUAGGCUACCGCUUCUCUCUAGUCGAGAUGAGAGCGUUGAUCUUCACGCUUGUGCGCGCGUUCGCGUUCGCGCCGGCCAUCGACCCCUCGGAGCUGCGCACGCGCCCUGGGAUCGUGCUCCGUCCCUUCCUGGCUGGCGCGCCGAACGAGGGCAGCCAGAUCCCACUCAUGGUCACGCGAUACCAGGACCAAUAAAGUGUCCGCCGUGGGGAGUGGAGACGUCAGCGACUACGACGCUGCAAGCCCAAGUAGGUGAUUAUUUCUUACAUAUAAGCGUGGACGUUUUUGGUUUGAAUGUCCGGAGUAUGAGCCGAGCGAUCAUAAGCAUCGCUGAUUUUGAUUCGAGUACAGAGAGCUAUGGAAUUGGUUUAUGUUAGAUCCCGGUACACUCUAAU